UUGUAGCAAGCAAUAGCCUUGCACUUUAUUCUAGCAGGGCAGGUUCGCUCUGCUUAUACCCCAGCUGGGUUAUUUAUUGAUUCACAUAUCACUUGGCAUGAUGUAAAGAGCUGUAUGGAUAACCUGUGUGUGGCAGAUAUACGUGGAAUAGCAAUAUACCAAUGGCACAGCUCUGCUUUAUACACUUUUGUACUUUGCAGCUGUGUAAUCAUUUGUUGCAGAAGGUGGCUGAGUGCUGUGACCAUUGAUGUAAAAUAACUGCACUGUAGCCUAACUCCCAUACAUGGUGCUGGUGUGUGAGAUCAGGGUGGCAUGGUCAUAUGUAUGUAUGAUAUUCCUGUUACACAAUAGUGGUGACCUAAGUCAGCAGGGAAGGAGGUGAAAGCUCAGGCAGAUGGUGGGAUCUUCUUCCUGCCUAUUUUGCCAUGUAAGCAUCUGGUUACACGGCACCAGGCCAGAGGCGAGAUGAUGCAUGCUGCUUUGUCAGCUCUGUAUGGUAUUACCGGUUUGUUGUGCUAUUCUUCAACUGCAUGCUCACUUUUGGUUCCUAUUUCUGCUUCGACAUUCCCAGCGUUCUACAGGACCAGUUCCAAGGGAACCUGACCUGCACUAAUGGGAGUCACCCCAAUAGUACGCACAGUGGGAACCACAGUACAGGCUGCGUGGAGGGGCUUGGGAUGACCCCAGAGCAGUAUAACCUGUUAUAUGCCAUCUACGCCUGGACUAACGCCCUAGUGGUCAUCAUGGCUGGAUUUCUCAUUGACAAGCUUGGAAACCGAUUUGGCCUGUUCCUGUUUUCCUUCCUGACUGUCCUGGGCUCCUCCAUAUUUGCACUGGGUUCACACUUUAAAGGAACUCCCUACCUGCUGCCUCUGAUGUUAACAGGACGCCUGUUGUUUGGCUCUGGGAAUGGAUCACUAACAAUUGUACAGAACCGGAUCACGGCCUUCUGGUUCAAAGGCAAAGAAUUGGCUCUGGCUUUUGGGUUGACCCUCUCUUUCUCUCGGCUGGGCAGCGUCCUGAACUUCUUCCUCACUCAGCGGUUUGAAGAUCACUACGGCAUGCAGUGGACUCUUUGGGGAGGGACCUUAUUGUGUGUCCUGGGUUUUUCUUCUACGGUUACAGUCAGCGUGUUGGAUAAAGUGGGCAUGAAACAGUUAGGUCUUGAUGGAACAAUCCAAGAGGAGUCAAAGAAAGUGCGAGUACAGGACAUUCGUCGCUUACCAUUGCGUUACUGGCUCUUGGUUCUGACCAUCAUGUUCUUCUACAAUGGAGUCUUUCCAUUCGUGGCAGAUGCUAGCAAAUUCAUUCAGGACAAAUAUCCUGGGUAUGACCAGCAGACGGCAUCCUACAUUGCUGGGGCCGUAUACGACAGUUCCUUAGUGCUCUCUGCAGCUGUUGGGAUAUUAAUUGACUAUGUAGGGAUGAGAGGGGUGCUGGCUGUCCUCUGUGCUGUAUCCACACUGCCAGUGUUUGCCCUGCUGGCGUUUACCUUUGUACCACCGCUGGUGUCCACAUUGUGGCUCGGGGUCACUUACUCCUUUGCUGCGGCAAGCAUGUGGCCUUCUAUCCCUCUUGUGGUCCCACAAGCUACUCUGGGAACCGCUAUGGGUCUGGCGACCUCCGUGCAGAUGAUCGGGAUCGGGGUUUCUAACCUUGUUGUUGGCAGAAUUCUUGGAACUAAAUCUAGUGAAUCGAAGAUCCCUCUCUGGCGCUGGCAACAAAUGAUGAUUUUCAUGCUGGCAAAUACCGUCGCCUGCAUCGUCACUUCUGUUACUGUGAACAUUGUGGACAGGAAACAGGGAGGCACGCUGAACAAAAUGACAAAGAGGAGACCUCAAGCAGAGCGAGAACCUGACUCUGAAUCCGAUACAACACCUAUCCUAAAUGAUGAGGAUGACCAGCGGUCCAUAAACUAGCCAGGAGACUGCUACAGCGCCUCGCUGGCGGCUAAAUGUGUUCCAUGUUGUGGCCACGCACCUACCACCAACUAUUCAGGUGGGAUUGGAUAGCAACUUUUAGCCCUAUGACGAAGGAUCUGAGCAGCUUGUAACAUAAUGGACACUAUUUUUUAAGAAGGCUGCUUCUUGGUAACCUUGUAGCUAAAUUAUCAGUUACUGUGUAUACUGUAGGGAUAUUUGGAAUAUACUUGGAAAAGGAUUCAGGAA